UAAAAACAUACGUUGUCAGUAUAGUGCUUAAAAGAGGCUGGUAGUACUAGGGUUAGAAUAUUUCAUAAGUUUUUUCAAUAACACUUGUUCUCGAUAUGACAGCAAAAUGGCUAGGUAAUGUUGUAUUCACGAUAUUUACCGGUUUAUUAUGGUUAUAUUAUAGAAAUGUUCGACGACAUAGUUUAGAAACAGCGCGUGAUCGCGCGGUAGCUACAGCGGCGGGUGCACAAGCAGAUGCGUUAACAACAUCUAUAUAG